AAGCCCGGGCCCGGCCCGGCCCGCGAGACCCCGGCCCGACCCCGCCGCCCGCACAAAAUGUCGGCCCGGACGCCAUUGCCGACGGUGAACGAGCGGGACACGGAGAACCAUACAUCUGUGGAUGGAUAUACUGAACCCCAUAUCCAGCCAACCAAAUCAAGUAGCAGACAGAACAUCCCUCGGUGUAGAAACUCCAUUACGUCAGCAACAGACGAACAGCCUCACAUUGGAAAUUACCGUUUACAAAAGACAAUAGGGAAGGGAAAUUUUGCCAAAGUGAAAUUGGCAAGACAUGUUCUAACCGGCAGAGAGGUUGCUGUGAAAAUAAUAGACAAAACUCAGCUAAAUCCUACUAGUCUACAAAAGUUGUUUCGAGAAGUACGAAUAAUGAAGAUAUUGAAUCACCCUAACAUAGUAAAAUUGUUUGAAGUUAUUGAAACAGAGAAGACUCUCUAUUUAGUCAUGGAAUACGCAAGUGGGGGUGAAGUAUUUGAUUACUUAGUUGCCCAUGGAAGAAUGAAAGAAAAAGAGGCCCGUGCAAAAUUUAGGCAGAUUGUAUCUGCUGUGCAGUAUUGUCAUCAAAAGUGCAUUGUUCACCGUGAUCUUAAGGCUGAGAACCUUCUCCUUGAUGCUGAUAUGAAUAUUAAAAUUGCUGACUUUGGUUUUAGUAAUGAAUUUACAGUCGGGAACAAGUUGGACACAUUUUGUGGCAGCCCACCUUACGCCGCACCUGAGCUUUUCCAAGGGAAGAAGUAUGACGGGCCUGAAGUGGACGUGUGGAGCCUCGGCGUCAUUCUCUACACGUUGGUCAGUGGCUCCUUGCCUUUUGACGGCCAGAAUUUAAAGGAACUGCGGGAGCGGGUCUUACGAGGGAAGUACCGUAUUCCCUUCUAUAUGUCCACAGACUGUGAAAACCUUUUGAAGAAAUUAUUAGUGCUGAAUCCAAUUAAGAGAGGCAGCUUAGAACAAAUAAUGAAAGAUCGGUGGAUGAAUGUUGGUCAUGAAGAAGAAGAACUAAAGCCAUAUGCUGAGCCUGAACCAGAUUUCAAUGACACAAAAAGAAUAGAUAUCAUGAUCACCAUGGGUUUUGUACGAGAUGAGAUAAAUGAUGCCUUAAUAAAUCAGAAAUAUGAUGAAGUCAUGGCUACUUAUAUUCUUCUAGGUAGAAAAGCACCUGAAUUUGAAGGGGGUGAAUCAUUAUCCAGUGGAAACUUGUGUCAGAGGUCUCGGCCCAGCAGUGACUUAAACAACAGCACCCUGCAGUCCCCUGCUCACCUGAAGGUCCAGCGGAGCAUCUCAGCAAACCAGAAGCAACGACGCUUUAGUGAUCAUGCUGGUCCAUCCAUUCCUCCUGCUGUAUCAUACACCAAAAGGCCUCAGGCUAACAGCGUGGAAAGUGAACAGAAAGAGGAGUGGGACAAAGAUGUGGCUCGUAAACUUGGCAGCACAACAGUUGGAUCAAAAAGUGAAAUGACUGCAAGUCCUCUUGUAGGGCCAGAAAGAAAAAAGUCUUCAACUAUUCCAAGUAACAAUGUGUAUCCUGGAGGUAGCAUGGCAAGAAGGAAUACGUAUGUCUGCGAAAGAACCACAGAUCGAUACACAGCGUUGCAGAACGGAAAAGACAGCAGCCUUACAGAGAUGUCCGCAAGCAGCAUGUCCGCUGCAGGCUCCGCUGUGGCCUCCGCUGUGCCCUCGGCACGACCCCGCCACCAGAAGUCCAUGUCCGCUUCCGGCCAUCCUAUUAAAGUCACACUGCCAACCAUUAAAGACAGCUCUGAAGCUUACAGGCCCGGCACAACCCAGCGCGUGCCUGCUGCAUCGCCAUCUGCUCACAGUAUUAGCGCCUCGACCCCCGACCGUACCCGCUUCCCCCGUGGCAGCUCCAGCCGCAGCACCUUCCACGGGGAGCAGCUGCGCGAGCGCCGCAGCGCCGCCUACAACGGGCCGCCCGCCUCCCCGUCCCACGAGCCGGGGGCCUUCGCGCACGCCAGGAGGGGCACGUCCACUGGUAUAAUAAGCAAAAUAACAUCCAAAUUUGUCCGCAGGGAUCCAAGUGAAGGCGAAGCCAGUGGCAGAGCCGACACCUCAAGAAGUACAACAGGGGAACCAAAAGAAAGAGAAAAGGAGGAGGGUAAAGAUUCCAAGCCACGUUCUCUGCGGUUCACGUGGAGCAUGAAGACCACUAGUUCAAUGGACCCCAAUGACAUGAUGAGAGAAAUCCGCAAAGUGUUAGAUGCAAAUAACUGUGAUUAUGAACAGAAAGAGAGGUUUUUGCUUUUCUGCGUCCAUGGUGAUGCCAGGCAGGAUAGCCUCGUGCAGUGGGAGAUGGAAGUCUGCAAGUUGCCACGACUGUCCCUCAACGGAGUCCGCUUCAAGCGAAUAUCCGGGACAUCUAUUGCCUUUAAAAACAUUGCAUCUAAAAUAGCAAAUGAGCUUAAGCUGUAAAGACACUCGAAUUUACAGGAUCAGGGAAGAUACACCCAUAUAUGAGGUACAGUUUUUGAAUGUACUGGUGAUGCCUAAUGUGAUUGGCCUGUGAAUCUCCCCUUGUAGAAUUUGCCCUUAUUGCAAUAAGGUUAUACAUAGUUACGAACUAUAAAAUUAAAGUCAGUAUGAACUAUAAUAAAUAUCUGUAGCUAAAAUAGU